ACAAGGUGGCGUUUUUUCAUUCUGCGGAGUGUGGGAAAAUCUUUUAUUAAUUGAUUUAAAAUAGUAACAUUAGAAGUUUAAGUUUAAAAAAAAUGGGAGCUCAUGAUAAUUCCAAUCAAAAUGGUAACUCCAAUGGCCAGCAUGAUGAUGACUCCAUUACCGAACCGGAGCAUAUGCGCAAGUUGUUCAUUGGUGGUCUGGACUAUCGCACCUCCGAUGAAAAUCUGAAGGCUCACUUCGAGAAAUGGGGUCAGAUAGUCGAUGUCGUUGUAAUGAAGGAUCCGCGCACAAAGCGCUCCCGCGGGUUCGGUUUUAUUACCUAUUCGCAUUCGAGCAUGAUUGAUGACGCCCAGAAGGCCCGACCGCACAAGAUUGACGGGCGUGUUGUGGAACCCAAGCGCGCUGUUCCACGUCAAGACAUUGACAACCCCAAUGCUGGCGCCACGGUUAAAAAACUGUUUGUCGGCGCAUUAAAGGACGACCAUGAUGAGCAGUCACUGCGUGACUACUUUCAACAUUUUGGCUCCAUUGUGGACAUUAACAUUGUAAUGGACAAAGAAACGGGCAAGAAGCGUGGCUUUGCCUUCGUCGAAUACGAUGACUACGAUCCCGUGGACAAGAUUGUGUUGCAAAAACAACACCAGGUCAAUGGAAAAAUGGUGGAUGUAAAGAAGGCACUGCCUAAGCAGAGCGAAAUGGGCGGUGGUGGAGGUGGCGGCGGUCGUGGGCCGGGUGGCCGUGGGGGUAAUCGCGGAGGCAAUAUGGGUGGCGGCAAUUUUAAUCAAAAUGGAAGCAAUUGGGGUGGCAACAAUCGCGGAAACGAUAACUGGGGAGGCGGUAACAACAAUUUCGGAGGCGGUGGUUAUGGAGGUAGCAACUGCUGGGGCAACAACAUGGGUCCCUGGGAUAAUGGAAAUGGCGGUGGCAAUUGGGGCGGAAAUGGCGGCGGUAACUUCGGUGGUGGUGGCGGUGGCAACUGGGGUAAUGGCGGCGGUAACGACUUUGGCUACCAACAGAACUAUGGCGGCGGUCCCCAGCGAGGCAACUUUGGCAACAAUCGCAUGCAACCCUACGGCAAUCAGGGCGGCAAUUUUAAUAAAGUUGGCGGUGGAAACCAAGGCAAUUAUGGCGGCGGAAACAAUCAGGGCUUCAAUAACGGUGGAAACAACCGCAGAUAUUAAGCGCCCAAAAGGUGAUAAAUUAGCAGUGGCUCCUUUGCAGCCCAAAAGUCAAUAUCAAUUAAACCAUACGCAAUAAUUCAAUUAUAUGAGCGAUCGUUCAUAUACUAAGAAGUUUUACGAAAGAACAGGAGAGAGAAAAGUGAGAGAACAGAGAACACCACAUAACCCAAUCCAACCCCAAAUGUAACCAUGUGAGAGAGCUCAGAGCAGAGAACAAAUUGUGAGAGCAGAGACAGUGGCAGUCAGUAAUGAGACAGUCAGUGCAGUGUUAUUAUACAUAUAAUAAGCAGGAAGUCUCUCAAAUCUCCAAGCACACGUUACGUACACAGGAUCUGACCAGGAUCGUUGAUUGAUUUGCAUUGCACAGUUUGUUGGUAUAUAGGCAUUCUGUAUAAGUACCAGGAGCCAGCCAGCCAGCCAGCCAACAAUUACCGUCUGUCUCAAAACAUUGGUUACUCGAUACGAACGCAUCUAAUAUUCAAUAUCUUUAGCAUUACAUACAUAUAUACUCAUCUCCCAAAAGUCUUAUGUAGCUAAAACAUACAACAAAUUGUAAAAUAGCAAGCCACGGUUGUUUUGUUUAGCGAGAGCAACAAUUUUAACAUAAAAUCAAUCUGUAUCUGUAAAAUACAUUAACUAUUCAGAAUUGUAAGAAAGAAUACUUCAAGCGACAGUCCCCAUAUAUAAUAUUUAUGAUAAUUAUAGAACCCAAAUCUAUACGUACAUAUACGUGAAAAGAGAAACCACUGCAGACAAUUGCAAUUCCCGGUAAUUGAUAAUUUAGCGAAGAAGUAAAACAAAUCUAAAUGUAUUACCAUUUUCUAUAGGAUUAAGAUUCUAUAAUUUUAAAGUAGAAUGCAUGCGUGACCAAUCUGACAGGUUGGCUUGCAAUGCUGUAGAAAUAUUUAUCUAAAAUUCAUUCAAGAUCCGUAACUCGGUGACAUUUUUGUGUCCCGCAGAGAGGAGCUUCAUUUUUUAUUAAGUGAUUGAAUAUGACGAUUGCGGAACAUUUAACAUUACCUACAUAUUCUUCAAUGUUUAGUUUUAAUCAACCACAAAUAAUUGUAUGUACGAGUUCUAUAUACACAACUAAAUAAUUUUAGCAGAGGGAGGAGGAGCUAAGUUAAAAAAAAAAACAUACAUUUUAUUGAUGUAGCAAAGAAAGAUUUACAAAAUACAUAAUAUUACAAUAACAGCAAAGAAUUAAUGUAAACUCGAUAAGAAAACAAAACAUAAACCUAAAACUAAAAACUGUUGUUUAGUUAAAGCGUAGUUUUGUGUACUCGUCCUUAUAUACUUCCUAGAGCAUAAGUUUUCGAAAACAGGACAGCAGCAGCGAUUGAGAACAGCAGCGCAGUGCAGUGUAAGUGCAAGUCGAUAUCGAACAAAAAUUCGAAUCGAAUUUAAAAGGCCAGCAGCGAGUAGAGCCAGAGCCAGCAAGUUGUAGCGGUUAUAUAUUUGUGGGUGGGCACUUUAUUUUUUUUUUUUACAUUUUUUUCAUUUUGAAAUAUUUUUUCGUUCAUCUCAUUUAUAAUUUAUGAUUUCAUUAAUGGCAAUCACGCACAUUCACCAUAUUAUGCAAUUCACAACUAUGUAUUAUUGUAAUUUCUGUUGCAAGUUGACUGAAUCGCUAAAAAGGCGGCCGGCCAGCACGCUGUUCAGUCACACAUGCGGACAAUCCUAUAAUUGCUUGCAAAAAUUGCUCGUCACGCGCUGCUGUAUAACGUCCUGCAUCAUCAGCCUCCCAUCCGGUUGGGAAAUAAGGGGUAAGUUUUCCGCUCAGAAAAAAAAAAUUAAUUUUCAGGUGUCUCCACCACGCUCAGUCCACGGAGCGAAGCUGCUCGGAAAGCGUGAGACUAGCAUAGUUAUUGUUUACUUGUUUUUAUUUUUAUUACGCUAAACAAUAAAGAACACACAUUAAAUAGUUAAA